AUGAAUACGGAGCCAUCUAGGAUACCGGGGGAGGAUGAGUUGUAUGUUGGAGGAAUUGUCUCGUUAACGGAAAACUCUCUCCAAAAGAACAAUAUCACACAUAUUGUCAGCGUUCUAAAAUAUGAUUUCAAGAACUUCAAUAUCAACUGGAAUAAGUAUAAACAUCUUCAGAUUGAGGUUGAUGAUGUCGAGGAUGAGAACUUGCUGGGUGCGUUUGAGACAACGGGAGCUUGGAUUGAAGAGGCCUUGAAGGGUAAUGGGCAGAGUGAAGGAGAAGAGGGGGAGAAGAAGAGAGGUGCCGUACUUGUCCAUUGUGCCAUGGGAAGGUCCCGCUCCGUAACUAUCUUAAUUGCCUACCUUUUGCGCCAAUACCCUUCUCUCACUCCCGCUAUAGCGCUCGCCCAGAUCCAGCAAACACGUCCCUUCGCAGAGCCCAAUGAUGGGUUCAUGGCCCAGCUUCAAUUAUAUCAUGAAAUGGGAUGUCCACGAAACAUAGAUGAACAGCCUAAAUAUCAACGAUGGCUGUACCAAAGAGAAGUCGAGUUAGCUGUUGCUACAGGAGGACGCCCUGAUUGGGUCCGGUUUGAAGAUGAAGUGGAGCAGGAUGGACCGAAGCCGGACGGCAAGGAAAAGGAGAUCAGGUGUAGGAUGUGUCGGCGCACUCUCGCCACAACCCCCUACCUCAUCCUUCACACCCCCAACCCCAGAGCAGCAUCCUCUCCCACCUCACUCAUAAAUCCCCAAACAACACCCAUCUCCUCCCUCCCCCCCACCCCUCAUCACAGCGCUUGCACUCACCACUUCCUACACCCUCUAUCCUGGAUGCGUCCGGAACUCGAACUCGGAAACUUAUCCGGAAGACUGGAGUGUCCGAACCAAAAAUGCAAAGCCCAGAUAGGGAAAUAUGCGUGGCAGGGAAUGCGAUGUAGUUGUGGCGUAUGGGUCUGUCCCGCUUUUAGUUUGUUAAAGGGAAGAUGUGACGAGGUUACAAUUAGGAAGAGAGUGGAAGGGGGAAGCAGUGGUGCGGGGGGUAUUAGACUGCCUCCUGGGAUGAGAGAAGGAGGAUGUACGAUAGCGAGGGAGAAGGGAAGUUUGUGA